UCUUGCGGCCAACCAGCGAAGACUCUUGCAUCAUGGACCGUCGCCCUGUGCGGCCCAGCCGGCACGUGCUACGCGGGUGGCAUCUUCUUGCUGUCCAUGGAAGUGCCCACGAACUACCCCUUCCGUCCGCCGAAGCUGCGGUUCAUCACGCCCGUCUACCACCCAAACGUCAACAUGCGCACCGGUGAGAUCGAUCUUGACAUAUUGGGCUCGCAGUUUUCCCCCACCCUGACGGUCCUCCAUUACGUGAUGUCGCUGAGCGCACUGCUCUCUGCGCCCACCUUUGAC